CCUGGGGGAGCGCCGGGAGCUGUGCGUGCUGCCCCCCCGUGGCGGGGAGGGAGGAGGUUGGCAGGUGUCUGUCCCACCUCGAGGAGAUGGGGCUCCUUCAGCGGGGCAGAGCUGGCUCCCCUCCUCGUUCCUCUCUCCAAAAGCUGCGUCUCCUCGUGCUACCUGUGUUGCGUUAACGUAUAGUGGAUCCCCCUGGGAUUUGUGUAAUGCCGAAUACUGCACGUACCCGUGCAGUCGGCCCCUGCCCUGAUACGCUUAGAGGCGAGGGGGGAAGGUCAGAGCAGUGAGAGAGGACAUGUUUCUCGUGUCUGUCCUGGAAGCAGGAUGAAUCUUGUGUCUAUGGCGACAGAUCCUGAACUGAAAUGGAUAACCUUGUGGGUCCGCAUCAGGUGGGCGGCUGUGGCCGUGCUCCUCCUGGGCUCUCUCUUGAUGCUGCUGCUGCCGCUGGCUGCUGUGGAAGACCAGUGCCAAGCAGUGCUCAAAGGACUCUCCUUCCUGAAAAGUAAACUGGGGGGCAGCUACUCGGGGAUCACCAGAUACACAGGACAAACGACUGGACUGAGUGUGACCUCAAACGGGCUAGAGCUGCUGGUGCUGAAAGGCAAAGCCUCUCCAGAAGUGAAGUCAGAAGCCAAAGCUGCCCUGAAUCAAGCCCUUGAAAUGAAGCGUCAAGGAAAGCGGGAGAAGGCCCACAAACUCUUUGUAUACGCCCUCAAAAUAGAUCCCGAUUAUGUGGAUGCCCUGAAUGAAUUUGGCAUCUUUUCUGAAGAGGAAAAAGACAUUCUUCAAGCAGACUAUUUGUACUCCAAAGCGCUGACCAUUUCUCCUUGCAACGAGAAAGCUUUGAUCAAUCGGGACCGAACGCUACCUUUAGUUGAAGAGAUAGACCAGAGAUAUUUUAGCAUUAUUGAUAGUAAAGUUAAAAAAGUGAUGGCAAUCCCAAAAGGCAAUUCCGCCCUGCGCCGAGUAAUGGAAGAGUCCUAUUAUCACCAUAUUUACCACACAGUUGCCAUUGAAGGGAACACUCUGACGCUGUCAGAAAUACGGCACAUCAUUGAGACCAGAUACGCUGUUCCUGGAAAAAGCCUAGUGGAGCAGAAUGAGGUAAUUGGCAUGCAUGCAGCUUUGAAAUAUGUAAAUACCACACUAGUAUCACGAAUAGGCUCUGUAACCAUCAGCGACGUUUUGGAGAUACACCGGAGAGUGUUGGGCUAUGCUGACCCCGUGGAGGCAGGCAGGUUCAGGACUACUCAGGUGUUUGUAGGGCAUCACAUACCACCACAUCCUCAAGAUGUUGAAAAACAGAUGCAGGAGUUUGUCCAGUGGCUUAACUCCGAAGAUGCCAUGAGCUUGCACCCCGUGGAAUUUGCUGCAUUAACCCACUAUAAAUUGGUUUACAUACAUCCAUUUGUAGAUGGUAAUGGAAGGACCUCACGUCUAUUAAUGAACCUCAUAUUAAUGCAAGCGGGCUACCCGCCCAUCACAAUCCGCAAAGAGCAACGGGCAGAGUAUUAUCACGUCUUAGAAGUAGCCAACGAGGGUGAUGUGAGACCUUUCAUACGCUUCAUUGCUAAAUGUACUGAGACAACUCUGGACAUGUUGCUCAUUGCCACCACGGAAUACUCCGUAGGUUUACCUGAAGCAGAUGGCAGCACUGCUGGAUGCAAACAAACUAUCCCAGUCAAGACUUGAGCGUUGGGGGACAUUCAAAAAACAGACAAACGUGUAGGAGAACAGAAAGCCACUCAUUGCUCCUGCCGAGAAAUAACUCAACAGGAGGUGUCACUCUUUAGCAUUUCAUUUAUUUAAAGUCUCUUACAUUUGAUUAAUUUAAUUUAUUUAUAUACAUUAUGCCAAGCUGACAUGUGAAUUGUUGAUGUUGAGUGUGUACUGUAACUUGCCUGUGCUACUGGAAGGAGAUGGGGAGGAGCCAAGAGGGUAUCCAUUUGCAGAUGUUACUCAACAAGCUGCAGUAGAAAUAAUUUUAUUUUCUCCUUAAAACAGAGUUUUGAGAAGCCACUUCCAUCACAACCCUUUACCUAGUUUGUUGACUGUGUUGUCGUACCUUGUAAAAUAACUGCUAGACGAGACUGUCUUAACUUUGUGUUACCCCUUCCUUGUCAUCCAACAAAACGUGCAGUUACAACACUGUCCUAGCUGUGUUAAUCAGACUUUCCCCCUUCGCUCCUUUUAUUUAUUACUGCUAAUGAAGGAGACUAACUUCAGCAAAGGCAUUUCCAUUUCUGUUUUUAAUAGCACUUUGCAUGUUUACUUUUGAGUUGCCUUUCCUGUGGUGAGUUUGUGCAACAACUGAGAAAUGCUUGGUAUAAGAUUACAGAUCAUCUGACUGGAACAAGUGAAGAAAUGCUCUCUGGCUCCUUAUUUAACUGCAAGAUGCUUUUGCUGUACCUUAGUCAGCAGGACCACCUAGUGCUCUGAGGCCGCCCCACCAAGCAGGAUCCUUGGGAAACUGCAGUUGCCUUUACCCAUUUCAGUCGAGGGUUUGAAGAACAGCUUCCUUCUGCAACACCGUGGGCAGAAACAGUUAUCAUAAACGCCAGUGAGACAGCCCUCAUCGGCCUUGCCCUUUCACUAAGGAUUUGCGUAGCGAGUUCUCUACAGCCUAAAAAUGUUUACUUUUAGCUCCUUCAGUCUACACAAGAGAAGUUUUAGCAAAAUCGUAUUAAUUACUAUUUCAUAUUAUUACUGUGAUAACAUGUUUAAAGCCUCACGAGGCCUCUUUGUGCUGCCGUGUCAGUGUGGCUGGAAGCUGCUGUCCAGUUCAAAUAAUGGAAAAGUUAUAUUGGCGGUGCUAAGGAUCAUGUUUGGACACUUAAGAUAUCUUAUCUUUGCUUUUGCUUUGAUGGUAAAAGCAUCUGCCAUCUAAUUUAUACAAGAGUAGCUCUCUAGGCACUGCCUGCCCAUUGUGUAACAGCAUAACUCCAAACGUAACAGAUCCCAACACCUCCAAACCUGGAUUGCAUCUAAGUUUUCUGAACUCAGAAAGCUGUUAAGCUUAAUCCCUUUGCAGAACAGCACGGGUUGUUACACUGUCCUAUGCCAGUAUCCCUUUCCUCCGUUCUAAGUAUUUCUUACUUGCAAGAUAGUUAUAUUUUAUAGAACAAGCAGACAAUGAACAACAGAUAGAGUUACCUAUAUUCUGUAGCACCAGUAUCAAUUACUGCUGACAGGGAAAACAAAAAGGGGAAGUUGUUUAGUUUUUACAAAGCAUGCUUUAUUUUUGUAGUGCAAGACGAGUAUAAAAAAAUGCUGCACUUUAGAGCUCUGAAAAAAAUUAUUUUAGUAACAUUAAUAAAGUAUUUUAAUAUUAAAAAUCUUUGUUUGGAAUAAGCUAUUCUCAAAACACUUUUCAACUGCAGUAAACUAAGAAACAUUCACAACUCAGUUCCUAAAGUAACAAGUUAAGUGUUGUAUAGUACACAUCCUGGUUCCCUAUGCAAUGCCAAACUGCAUCUCUACUACAGGGCCCUGCAUUCUGCCCCUCAGUGAAGUAGCAAGUCCAACCCUAACAGCCAAAGUAAACACAGGUCAUCCCUGCUGUUUUAUUAGUUUUGUGUACAUGCUUGCCUGAAGUGAAAGGGCAAUGCAAGCAUCCAGCGGCAACAGCCUUAGCAGUUUCCCCCCCAAACUAAAGAUACAUUAUUAAAACAUUGAUUAGAAAAAGUUGGUUUUGCGAUACAAAGGCCAUUAAGCAAUGCUGAGCGGUUGUCUCCAAGCUUCUGGCACAGAAGAGAGGGCAUACAGUACUGUGGACAAGCACUAAAAAACUUGGUCCCUCAGUGUAUCAUCCACAACCACCUGUUGCAUCUGGUUCAAAGCUACGAUGCUAACUCAUUAAUUUCAAAGUAAAGCCAAGUCAAAUCAGUACCAAAUUCAAAUACUGAAAAUAGUAUUUAUUUGCGGCAGUACUUGCAUUGUACAAGUGAUCUCAGUACUGCUCCUCCCCCCCCCAUUCAGCUCCCAUGUAUGCCGGCUUCCAAAGUUAGCAGCAGUUUUAGCCAGAUAAGCACUAAUAUUUCUAUCCAAGAUCGUGCACUAGAUUAUUUUAAGUCACCAGGGUGAUUACUGAAGUGGUUUCAGGAUACUCAUACUAAAUGGAAUGAGGUACUUAAACAUAUAACUGAUACUAGGUAUCUCAGUGCACCUGAGAGGGGAGGUACAUCAGUAUUACCCAGCUGCCAUAGGAUAAGUGCAAUUCAGUCACCCACAUUUAAACAAAAGCAACAGUAUUUAUAGAAAACCUUUGAGAACUUGAGUUUAAUAAACCAAGAAACUUCAGCUUGCACUUCACAUUUGUACAAAACCAUACAGAAACCACCUGCAAAGACAUGUGAGCUAGCUAGCAACUAAAAACAAAAAAUGGUCCUCAGCAAUAGCAUGUACAGCUUUUAUGGGGG